AUGUGGAUGACUACUGUGGGGAAAGAUGAUGUUCCAGUGUCAUACUCGAGUGGAGGGAUCUACCAUAAAGUGUUUAAUGUACAAGUACUGGACGACGAGAAAUAUCUUCGACUAGAUAAUGGAUAUACCUUAGCCGAUGCUUACUGUGUCGGAUGUGGAAUGCUACUAGGGUGGAAAUUUAUUAGAGUCGCCCAACCAUCCAUAUACUGUAAAGAAGGAAGAUUCUUGAUGAAAUUGGACAAGCUUAUUUACUGGAAUAAUGAUGUUCCGAUGAAUAAUGAAAAUCAACUUGAUGAUGAACAAGGUGAAGGCGCUAAUGAACAAGUUCCAAAUGAUCAAGAUGGAGGCGCUAAUGAACAGGCUCCUAAUCAAGAUGUUGAUCAGCUGGCUGAUGGAAUGGAUAACAUUGAUCUGAAUCCAGUUAUAUGA